AUGCGACUGCUAUACACUGCAGGCGAUGGGAGGCUCAGCUGGACUGACGACCUGGUCGGCGACCAGAUCCCCCCCUAUGCGAUCCUCUCGCACACUUGGGGGAAGCAGGAGGUGAUCUUCGAUGAUCUGAAGAACCUCAACAGUUUAGAGGACAUUGGUGCAAAGAGCAAGGCUGGUUGGGACAAGAUCCGCUUCUGCGCGCAACAGACCAAGCGUGACGGUCUGGACUACUUCUGGGUUGACACUUGCUGCAUCGACAAAUCGAACAGCCAAGAGCUCCAGGAAGCGAUCAACUCCAUAGGCUGGACACUCCAGGAACUUCUUGCUCCUGCAUCGGUCGCAUUCUAUUCGAAAGAGGGAGAGCUGCUGGGGGACAAGCAGUCCCUGAAAGACACCAUACACGAGAUUACAGGAAUACCUGUUGAAGCUCUAUCAGGGAGUAGACUGUCCGACUUCAGCGUAGACGACCGUUUCUCUUGGGCAGAAAAACGCCAGACAACGCGCGAAGAAGACAGAGCAUACAGUCUGCUGGGCAUGUUCGGGGUCCAUUUACCGCUGAUUUACGGCGAAGGCGAGGAAAACGCAUUUUAUCGGCUGAGAGAUGCGGUUGCUACGAAGGAGAACAAAGGCCGCAGCCGAAGCCAAGAAGAAAGGCUCGGCAAGAUCUGCAGCUGGCUCUCGGCGCCUGACCCAUCCACAAACUAUCACAAAGCGCACAAGCAGCGACAGGCUGAGACUAGACUCUGGUUGCUACAAAAUGCAAGGUUCGCAGAAUGGAAGGAGGGUGCUGCGUCGCGACUGUGGCUGUAUGGGAUACCAGGAUGCGGAAAGACCAUCUUGAGUUCUACCAUCAUCGAGCAUCUGCUGCAGCACUGCGAUGAUGACGCCAGUAUGGUGACGGCGUACUUCUACUUUGACUUCAACGAUACGCAGAAACAGGACCCAGAGCUGAUGCUCCGCUCGUUGCUCUGCCAGCUCCUGCAGCGUUCGUCUACAAUACCCAAGGGCGUCGAUGCAUUGUUCUCAUCCUGCGACAACGGACAACGACAGCCAUCACUGCGUGCGCUUCUGGAGGUCACAUCGCAGGUGAUGCGACAGUUCACGCACGCCUACAUCGUUCUGGAUGCACUCGACGAAUGUACACAACGUCAAGAACUGAUGGACGUCCUUGAGACAGUGGCUGGAUGGCAGCUUGACAACGUGCAUCUGCUCAUGACCAGCCGGAAAGAGCGGGACAUCGAGAGCUCUUUGGAGAGCUAUGUUAAGAAGAAGGCACUAUCUCUCUGCAGAGGGACGUAG